GAAAUACUAAGCCUAGAGAGAUGGCACCACUGCCAGUGAACUGCAAACCUGGCUGCGCGUGCCAUAGGCAGGCGCAAAUUUCUCCGCAACUAACUGGUGUGUCUUCCGUUACUGUUGCCUCACGAGUAGACCUGCUGCGGCGUCGUGUUCACGCUUCUGCGGCUGCUGGCGAACUACCUUCUCAGUCUUCGUCCUCGUCAUCUGCAAGCACAAGUGCCAACGGAACGGGCCUUGCCGAUUCUGAGAACUUCUGCAUCAUUGAAAACAGCGAAACAGUCAAGGACUUUGCCAACUUGCAACUGGAUGAGAUAUCUCAAAGCAUCCAGGCACGUCGCAAUAAGAUUUUCCUCCUUUUGGAAGAGGUCCGGCGACUACGUAUACAACAGCGGUUGAAGGGUGGUGAUACCAGCAAGGAGCAAGAGCUGAGCCAGGAGCAGUUCGUUUCCGCGCUGCCCUUCCUGCCUCCUCUAUCGGAGAAGACCCUCAACACGUAUUACACAGCGUACGCGUCCAUGGUAGCCGGCAUCAUCGCGUUCGGGGCCCUGGUGGCUCCCAUUCUGGAGGUCAAGCUGGGGCUGGGAGGUACCUCCUACCUGGAGUUCGUCCAGUCCAUGCACCUGCCCCGGCAGCUGGCCCAGGUGGACCCCAUUGUAGCGUCAUUCUGCGGCGGCGCGGUGGGGGUGCUGUCAGCUCUGCUGGUGGUGGAGAUGAGCAACAUUGAGAAGCAGCAGAAAAACAGGUGCUUCUAUUGCGAGGGCACGGGCUACUUGAUGUGCGGUCACUGCGUUGGCUCCGGCCUGGACCCCAUCACCAAGGCCCUGUGCCCCUACUGCGCCGGAUCGUCCAAGGUCAUGUGCACCUCGUGUCUCUGCACCGGCAAGCAUCUGGCCACCGAGCACGACCCGCGCAUCGACCCCUUCUGAGGGACAGCAGUGCCU